AUGGAUGUCAUUGGACCCAUCGAACCCGUAGCCUCAAACGGGCAUCGAUUUAUUUUAGUAGCCAUCGACUACUUCACCAAAUGGGUGAAGAAAGUGGUAGCCGAUUUCGUGCAAAACAAUAUCAUGUGCCGAUUCGGUGUACCCGAGUCCAUCAUAACUGAUAAUGGGGCCACUCUGAAUAGUCAUCUACUGAAGGAUAUCUGUGAGAAAUUUAAGAUCAUUCACCGAAACUCAACAGCCUAUCGGCCACAAAUGAACGGAGUUGUAGAAGCAACCAACAAAAAUAUCAAGAGGAUAUUGAGGAAAAUGACAGACAGUUACAAAGGUUGGCACGAGCAGUUGCCUUAUGCGUUACUGGGAUACCAUACUGCAGCUAGAAUUUCAACAGGAGCAACUCCAUACCUGCUGGUCUAUGGUACUGAAGCAGUUAUACCUGUCGAGGUUAAGAUACCUUCCUUAAGGAUCAUCCAAGAAGAAGAAUUGGACGAUGUUGAAUGGGUCUGA